CCGGAGUGGAGCAUCUUGGUCUGUGUGUGGCGCCAUGGAGAUGGAGCAGAGAGAUCUGCAGCUGCUGCUGGUGGCCGAGCAACAGAAGGCGCAGCUACAGCUGAGAGUGCACAGCCUGACGGCCGAGUGCUGGGACAAGUGCGUGGAGAAGCCGGGCUCCAGGCUCGACUCGCGGACCGAGAGCUGCCUGGUCAGUUGCGUGGAUCGCUUCGUGGACACCACGCUGGCGCUCACCAACCGCUUCGCGCAGAUAGUGCAGAAGGGCGGCCACUGACUGGAGGCUGUCCCACCGCCGCCCACAUGGACAUCCGGAGCCGCUCG